AGCCUAUUUCAAUCUCGGACUCAGCUAUUCGCGUUUGAAACGCGGCAGUGAAGCUAUUACCGCUCUCCGCGAUGCGGUGCGGGUGAAAAGCGAUUAUUAUGCCGCGUGGGUUCAACUCGGAACGGAGUAUGACAUUGCCAACCGCUACACCGAAGCCGUGACCGCUUAUCAAACGGCGAUCAGAAUCGAUCCGAACAAUUAUUCCGCUUACCGCGAACUCGGAAUCGCACACAAUUUCUCCAAAAAUCAUUCGCUCGCGGUCGAAUCGCUCAAAAAGUCGCUUUCACUGCGUCCCGAAGAUGUCGGCGCACGUUACAGGUUGGCGCAAUCUCUGCAAGGCAUCGAACAAUACGAAGAAUCGAUAAAAGCUUACAGAGAAACGAUUCGAUUAAAACCCGAUGCACAUUAUGCAUACCGCGAACUGGGCGACGUUUUCAAUAAAUUAAAAAGAUUUCCCGAAGCCAUUCCCGAGUUUCGCGAAGCUCUGCGCAUCAAACCCGAUUUUCCCGAAGCGCAUCUCGGUUUGGGAAAUUCCUAUUAUAAUGACAAUAAAUUCGCGCUCUCGAUCGAACAUUAUCAAAAUGCCAUCAAAUAUUCGCCGAAUUGGGCAUCAGCGCAUCUUUAUCUCGGCGACAGUUAUCUCAAACUGAAACGCUAUUCGGAAUCGGUUCCGCUUUAUGAAAAAGCGAUCGCACUCGAUCCGAAACUUAAAGACGGCUAUUACAAUCUC